AAGUCUUUCCUUAAUGGUUACCCAAAGGCUUUUUCAGCUUUGACAAGUUAUCAAGGGUAAGGUUGCUGUGGAGGACUAACUGCGUGUAGGAAAGUUGAAAUCGUCUGCUAAAGUGCGUUUAGGAAAGUAGAAAUCGUCUGCAAACAAGAAAUUCGGGAAUUAAUCAGGUUUUCCGGUACAUUUUUUGGACAGUGGGUUCUACGGCACUACUGAGACCACCAUGCUGAAUUAAAUCCAGUAACACCAGACAUCUUUAACGUCAUUACUGUUGGAAAGAGAGAAUUUGGCUAUACUGAGAGAAUGGAAUCGUAUUCACAGAUUGUCAAGACGGCCAGGAAUGCUUUUAACAAAGAACUCACGAAACCACUUGAUUUUCGCAUUAAACAACUGAAAGCCUUUCAUCGAAUGCUAGAAGAAAACGGCGAGGAUUUGAUACAAGCCAUAAGUAAAGAUUUAAAAAAGCCUAGAACAGAAGCGCUACUUGCUGAAGUUGAAACAACAAAAAACCAGAUCAACGGUGCUUUAUAUGAUAUUUACAAAUGGGUUCAACCAGAAAAGACAGAGAAAAAUCUCAUUUUAAUGCUGGACAAAACAUACAUCGUACCGCAACCUUAUGGCGUAGUGCUCAUCAUAGGAGCGUGGAAUUAUCCUUUCCUCUUGGUGUCUUCUCCGUUACUUGGUGCCAUAGCUGCGGGAAAUUGCGCCAUCGUGAAGCCAUCUGAAAAAGCUCCUGAGACUUCCAAAAUUCUGAAGAAACUCAUUCCUCAAUACUUGAAUAAGGAAUGCUAUCAUGUGGUCACUGGGGGAGUUUCGGAAACGACAUCCCUUCUGAAGGAGAGAUUUGAUUAUAUUUUUUAUACGGGCUCACCACCUGUUGGGAAAAAAAUAAGAGAAGCCUCAAACAAAUAUCUAACUCCUGUUACUUUGGAACUUGGCGGGAAAAGCCCAGUAUAUAUCGAUGAUGAAGUCGACAUGGAGCUUGCUGUCAAACGAAUUGUUUGGGGUAAAAUGCUAAACUUAGGACAAACAUGCGUUGCUCCCGAUUACGUUCUGUGUUCAAAGAAAACAGAAGCCAGAUUUAUUGAAAUAGCCAAGAAGACAUUGUUAGAAUUCUUUGGGGAAGAUCCUGAAUCAUCCCCAGACUUAGCAAGAAUUGUCAACGAAGAUCACUUUCAUCGAGUUGUGAAGUUCCUAAGUUGUGGAAAAAUUGCUGUUGGCGGUGACUACAAUGCUAAGGAAAACUAUAUUGCUCCAACUAUUCUUAUUGAUGUCAAAGAGACAGAUUCAGUGAUGCAGGAAGAAAUAUUUGGUCCUCUGUUGCCAAUAAUUACCGUUCAGAGUCCUGAUGAAGCAAUAGAGUUUAUUAACAAAAGGGAGAAACCAUUAACUUUGUACUUAUUUACCACGAAUAAAGAUCUUUUGAGGAAAUUUGAAAUCUCAACGUCAAGUGGCAGCAUGUGUGUCAAUGAUACGAUGGUUCACCUCUCAGUGGAUACUCUACCUUUCGGAGGAGUUGGAAUGAGUGGAAUGGGAACCUAUCAAGGAAAAUAUACUUUUGAUACGUUUUCUCACAAGAGAUCUGUUCUUGUCAGGUCACUGAAUGUAUUCGGAGAAUACAUGGGAAAAGCUCGGUAUCCACCUUAUUCUGAAACAAAGAAUAAAAUUUUAAAGACUUUUCUUGUUAAAAGACCAAAUAUUAUUCCUUCUUUCGUGCCCAAGCUUCUCAUUUUCUUGUUGGGGAUGAUUGCGGCUUUCAUACUGAAAGAAGUCUUAGAACUAUCUUCCAACGGAUCCCACCCCAGGCCCUUGUGAUGCAAGAAACUAGAAUUCCAUUGGUGCAGAGGACUUCAAGCAAAUGACAUCUUUUACUUUAAAGCCCCACCUACCAAGAUUUUCCGGGCCUGAUCCUAUAAAAAGAAGAUACAAGCCCUGUCUUAAAAUAUAAAUACAAUUGUCUAAGGUUUAUUUUUGUACGAUUUUUUUUCAUACGGAAGCAAUAUGAUGUACAAUGUAUGCCAAUGCCAGGCGUGUGUCGAAUAUGUACAGUACAAACAAUCCAUUCACAUGUAUUCGGCUUCAAAAAUAUCAGCCACAUAUGUCAAUUCAACUUGGAUUCCUGUGCCAAUUCAGUCGCUCUAUCCAGAUAAAAGGAACGAGUAAGUGGAAAAAUAACCAUAUAAAAAGUGUAUAUCGCAUUGCUAUUGUGUACCAGAUUUUAAGAUCUUGUAAACCCUCUUUCUGUUGUAUUUGCUGGUCUUUCUUUAUUAUCUACUUUUUAAUUGCUACAUCCUUUUAUCAUUCUUACUCUUUAAAUUAUACAUUGAACAUUUAUAAUGAUAAUAAGAAUUCAUUUUAUUUUAUAAACAAUAUAUGCGUUUAUUCACACGUCAGCUAAGAAUUUAUGUAUAAUUUUAUUCAAUUUUUAAAGAAAUUUACAAUCCAUAUUUUGAUACGAGUUUAUUUUAUUUUUAAGUCAUAUUUUUGAAAGUGUUUUUUUUUUCAUUAAUCAUUAAAAUGUUUUUAUAGCAUUUGGUAUGUACACAGUAAGUUAAAUAAUAUUUGAUUAUAUAUUAUCCUUAAU